CACACACAAUCCAAAAGAGCAGACGAUUUUGUUGACGCCUCUCCGCGAGGCGUGCUGCUGAGAGAGCGUGUGAGUCUCUAGUCGACGCGAAGCAAAGACUAUUAUUUUGUUCUACACUCACGUUUCUCUCUUUUAAUCUUCCAUUCCAAAUUGCUCAUUUUCCCAUUAUAAAUCGAUGUCAUUAGCAUUCAAAAAUGAUUCUAAAAUGAAAUAAAGACACCGAUGUGUAGUCAUUAAAAAUAGAAAACGAUUAAUUUAUUCGAAAGGAAACUGAUGCAUUUGUCGGCGGAGACUAGUAGCGGUAACUCGCGGGAUGCGAUGGCCGAUUUCUUCGUACCCGUCGAACGGACAUUGACUGAAGUUUUAAGCGAGCAUCCCGGAGAACUAGUAAAGACUGGUAGUCCGAAUGUUGUUUGUUCUGCGUUACCGAACCACUGGAGGUCUAACAAGACCCUCCCGAUAGCUUUCAGAGUGGUCAGUUUGGGAGAAAUCCACGAUGGAACUGUAGUCACCAUCCGAGCUGGAAAUGAUGAUAAUUAUUGCGCCGAACUCAGAAAUGCGACGGCUGUGAUGAAAAAUCAAGUCGCCAAAUUUAAUGAUCUCAGAUUUGUGGGAAGAAGUGGAAGAGGUAAGAGUUUCUCGCUCACCAUAACCCUGAGUACAAGUCCUCCUCAAAUAGCAACCUAUGUUAAAGCCAUAAAAGUUACUGUUGAUGGUCCUAGAGAGCCUAGACGGCAACAGUAUCACUUACGUGCUUUUCAUUCUGCUUUUGGGCAUCGACCACCCUUCCUUGAUCCUAGGUUAGUAGAUCCACUAAGAGAAUGGGAACAUAUGAGAAGAAAAUCCGAAUGGGGUAUUGAGUUGCCUUUAAGGAUACCUACUGGAGAUUCUUCGCAAGCUGCAUUCCCAUUUGCAAAUGAGGUCCAAUGGAAUCACCACCACCAGGCUGCCCAUUACCAGAACUACUUGGGACACAGUCUGCAGACGGCAGCAGGUUUCACUUCAGCUCCUUGUUCACAAAUGGAUGUCACCUCUACUCAUGAUUCAGGUCACGUCACACCUCAAACCACACCCACAGGUUUACUGACAGAUCGUCAUUCUGCAAAUUCAGUCGGGAGUUUUCCUACGGUUGUUGAGCAAGCCUCCCCCGGUGCCAUCAAAGACCCACUCUUUGUCAGUCGAUACAAUAAUGCUAUGGUUGCUGCCUCUGAACUGUGCCUAACCGACAGACUAUCAGAACUGAGACAUGGCCUCUCCGGUACCAAUCCAACCGCCUGCAAUACCUACUCACCCUCUCAUCAAUUCAACAAUGCAUCUCUCGCUUUCCUUGCUUCGAAUCCCUCAACACACAACACCCUUCCCUACUUCGCAGCCAUGAACCACGGGAGCUACAGUCUCUUGUCUGCUGGCCAUGGAUUUUACAACAACGGCACCUCUUCUAGGACAAACAACCCUACUCUAAUGGCUGCUGCCGGCAUGUAUUUUACACCGCCCAUGAUGUCACCCUCUCUGUUUUACUCGCAGUUGUACUCUCAAAAUCAACUGCAGUCAUCUCUGCAGCAUAUGAACAACGGCGAGACGAAGUGUUCCAUCGAGGACGAGGUCACUCAAAGGUGCGUAGACAGUGGUGGCCCGUCUCUCUCACGAGAUUCCAGCACGAAUGACUCAGUUAUACAAUCAGAGUGCAGCAGCAACCACAGCAUGGGUGAUUCCGUGAGAAGCAAUGAGACGAGGCCGAGAGAAAACGACGCGUCUGAGUCGGAUCAGCCGAGAAAUCAUAGUUCUGGUAGUGCCACUGAACAUUUUACGCAAGAAUCAAACGAACACGCGCAGUCUGACACUAAUUUGUGGCGCCCUUAUUAAAGGGGUGAUUCCGUCCUUUCUAGAAUUGUUCACAUUCUGUUUUGUUGCAUUAAUUUCAAAGUCAAUAACUUUAUUUUAUUUUAAGAACCCGAAGAAUUGAUUAUUAAUUAUUGUUUAAAUUGUAUUUAAUGAGUUGCAAAAAACUGACUCGAAUUCAUCUGAAAAUAUUAAUUUAGUUGAACUACACUGGAAUGAAUUAUAAAGAGACUUCACUUUGUUAACAAAAACUACAUAAAUUUCAUUAACCUAUGUAUUUUUGUCCACAUAAGUAAUCUUUUAUGAAUAAGAAGGAAACAUUUUUCAUCGCGGUUACUUUUACUCAUUACUAUUCAUAGAAAAAAAAUUGCAAUCGUUACGAAGGAUGAAUAACACGCCACAAAUGCCUCUAACUUAUUUAUCGUGAGGGGGGGACUAAAUGGUCAUUUGAGAUGUAGCCCGACGUAAAUGCAUUUAAUUGGCUGUCCAAGAAAGGCUCGAGACAAAAUAAUAAUUAAAAAAAAAACCUUUGCUCCAUAUUAAGGGUUUUGAAAAUAAAAUUUCCGACUUGAAAAAUAGAAUCAAUUUUGGGUAUCAACUUUUAAGCAAAUAUAGCGAAAUACUUUUUUUCGUGAUAGUAAGUUUGAAUGUUAUCUAACAAUACAAAAAAGAAGAGGAUUAGAAAUUAAUGAAAUUCGCUGAAACGAUAAAGGGUUUCUCUAUACCACAAAACAUGGUCGCAAAAAAAAUCUAAAUACCUUUGUCUGAUACUAGGUAAAAAAAUAAUAAAUUUAUUGGUCUCUUGUUUAACGGUCUUAACCUGUGAUCUUAUGAUGAUCAUCCCAUCUAAGAAUUAUUCUCUUGUUUUAUUGUGUUUUUAUUUUCGAUUAUUCUUUAAAGGCUGAAAUCUAAAAGAGUUUUUCCUUUCUUAUGAAGUAAUUGAAUAAUAUUGACAUAUUAUAAACAACAAUUUAUAAUAAAUAUAUGUAGUUGCCGUUUUCUAAUCAUUGAAUAAGUUAUAUUUACUUUUUAAUGAAACUUUGUGUUAAGACAGUUAGCACAUGAACAUAGCAUAUAGCAUUUAGUUACCAACAUAAGCAAUUGAAAAGAAAUCCUAAGAAUUUAAUUUUUGCUCUCCUAAUUUCUUUUACGAAAAUCAUUUAAAGAGAUUUUUUUACACUAUUAACAUAAAAGAAAAUACAAAUUUUAAAAAAAAUUAUUGUGGUUGAUAUUCUUUUAAAUUCAUUCUUUUAAAAUGAUCCUGUAAAAUUGAACCCAUUCAUAUAAGUUUUUAAUUAUAUUCUUAUAAAAAUAGGGAUAGCUAAUAUCUGUUCGAAAUUUACAAUUAUUAAUUUAACUAUUAUAAGUUGAAAAAGGUCAUGAACUUGUUUCUACAUAUAAUAAUAUCAAAUUAAUAAAUGUAAAUUAAAACUCAGUCAGGAUGAUAAUUAAAAAAUAUUUAAUUUU